UCGCCGCCGCCGCUCCCGCCUCGCCGUGCAGUUGCUGAGGAAGACGCUGGCUUAGACUGGACUUUGCACAGGAGGGGAAAAGCCUGACAUUCCUGAAAAUGGCAGCUGAGACAUCCACAGAAGUUCCAAAAACUGCUAAGCAAUUCGUCCUUAAAGAAGAGGUAAUCGUAGAAAGAAAAUGGUUGAAGCUUGAGGAAACAACUUACACUGAUGCCUUUGGUAAAACCAGAACUUGGGAAACUGUAAAGCGUGUUGGCAAGAAAAAGAGUGUUUCAGCUGAUGGUGUGGCAGUAAUAGCUGUACUACAGAGAACUCUCCACUAUGACUGUAUUGUCCUAGUGAAACAGUUCAGGCCUCCAAUUAAUGGCUACUGCUUGGAGUUUCCUGCAGGCCUCAUUGAGGAAAAUGAGACUGCAGAAAGUGCUGCAUUGAGAGAGCUGGAGGAAGAAACUGGCUACAAAGGGGAAGUUGUUGAAUGUACUCCAGCACUCUGCUUGGACCCAGGUGUGUCAAACAGCACAACACACAUCGUGAGCGUUACCAUUAAUGGAGAUGAUGCCGCCAAUACAAGACCUAAGCAAAAGCUUGAUGAUGGAGAAUUUGUGGAAGUUAUUUCACUUCCAAAGAACGACUUACUGCAAAGAAUCGAUGAACUAGUAGCAGAAGAGCAUAUUGCAGUGGAUGCCAGGGUUUAUACUUAUGCACUGGCCCUGAAGCGUGCAACAGAGAAACCGCUCCAAGUUCCUUUCAUGAAGUUCUAAAACUUCACAGUAAUAUAGCUGAGAAUCCUCCAGUCCAGAUGGCUUAGAAGUGUAACUCUUCUUGUAAUAAAGGUUGCUUACUUGUAGAGUAAAAAAAAAUAUAUAUAUAUAUAUAUACUUGUAGGAAUGAUUGUGAUAUUUUUACCUGGAAUUAACUGACAGAAAGCAUUUCUUCUAACUGUUUAGUCUACCUAGCCUUGACAGAAUAAUCAAAAUAAAAAUGCUGCUUAAUUUU